AUGCCAGUUAAAGCCAUACCUAAAGUAUCUAUAGCACGUAAUGGAUUAGGAACAUAUGUUACACCAUGUUUUAAAAUCACUAUACAAUAUUGUAAUUGGGGAGGUUCAUCAAAUAAUCUUCGUAAGAUUUUAAGUAAUGGAAAAUUAAAUGAAUUUAUUAAAAAUGAUAAAAAUGAUAUAUUUUUCGAAAUUAAAAAAAUUAGAGGUCAUCCAAAAUUAAUAUUUAAUUAUAAUAAUGGAAUUAAUAAAGAAAUUGAAAUUAAAAAUUUAAAAGAACAUGAAAUUUUAAAUAAAAUUAAUGAAUUUAGUUCUAGAUCAGGUAAUGAAUUAUUCAAAUUUAAUCAUAAAGUUAAAUCUAUUAAUGAUUCCGUAAGAGGUAUUUGGUCUCCUUUACAUACUCCAAAAGAUCAUAGACAUAAGAUCUAA